CUGAGAGGAAGUGCACGUGGGAAAUGCGUUUGUUGUUGUCUGUGAAGUUGACGUGCUAGCCAGCCAGCUUCAACAACAAAGACCCCCCAGCUUUCAAAGGUAGCAAUGGUACACAAGUGACAUUUCCGAAUAUGUCUGAGAUGUUACUGAAGGAAAUGGAGGACAUAUCUCUUUCAAGUCACCACAAACCAGUCGAAGACAACGGCGACGGCAGGAGUUUCCUUUUGGUUGACGAAAAUGAAAACUUGAAGGUGCGUGAUGAGGAGCACUUCCUCCAGAAGCUGGGCUGCGACAGCGAGGUGGCCGCCCAGGGCGUCAAGGUCAUCUCCAUCUUCGGCAACACGGGUGAUGGCAAGUCGCACACGCUCAACCACGUGCUGUUUGACGGCGAGGAGGUCUUCGCCACCUCCGCCUCGCCCGCCACCUGCACGGUGGGCGUGUGGGCCGCCUACGAGCCGGACCUGGGCCUAGUGGCGCUGGACACCGAGGGCCUGCUGGGAGCCACGACCCAGCAGAAUCGACGCAUGCGGCUGCUCCUGAAGGUGCUGGCUGUGUCAGACGUGGUGGUGUACCGCACGCGUGCCGAGCGGCUGCAUAAUGACAUGUUCCAGUUCCUGGGCAGUGCCUCGGCCGCCUACCUGCGCUACUUCACCCCGCAGCUGCGUGCCCUCUCCAGCCGCCGCGGCCUGGACGUGCCCCUCUCCAGCCUGGGGCCCGCCGUCAUCGUCUUCCAGGAGACCUCGCGCACACAGCUGCUGGGACAGGAUGGCUUGGGCCCGGUGCAGGCGGACACGCAGCUGCAGAAGCGCUUCCAUGACCUGGGCCAGACCACAGAGGCCUUCAGCUCCGUGCAGUAUGUAGGCACCCAGACAAUCGCGCCCCCUACAGACUACUCUCAGCUACUGCAGGCCGUCCGCCACCAGGUCAGGAACAUGGCCACGCGCGCCCCUCGCCAACCGACCAUCGUCUUUAGGGCACUGCAGGCCCUGAGUGAGCGGUUCUGUGGCGACAUCUCUGAUGACAAGAUCAACAUCUACUCCUUCUUCCCCGACGAAUACUUCACCUGCCCCUGCGUCUGCCUCAGCUGCAAUGUGCGGUGCAAGAUGGGCAUGAACCACCAGAAAGACGGCAUCCACCACAGCGCAGAUGGUUUGUGCCAGUACGCCCAUCAGUACAACAACAAGGUCCUCAUUUGUAAGAGGUGCUAUGAGGGAGGCCGGGAGAUGAUCGUGAUUCCCAAGACCUCGGCCGCGGCGGACAACCCCUGGUUUGGCCUCGCCAAAUACGCCUGGUCAGGGUAUGUGCUGGAGUGCCCCCACUGUGGCAUCAUCUACCGCAGCAGGCAGUACUGGAUGGGUAACCAGGACCCCGAGGGCUCCGUGGUGCGACCUGAGGUCAAGCAUGUCUGGCCUGGGUCGGAGCUGUUCUCCACUGACCACCAGAACGCUGCCCAGCGGGUGCUGGACGGCAUGAACUUCGUGAUCCAGUCGGUGUCGGAGUACAGCACGGGUCCCACCAAGGCCAUCACGUCCUGGCUCACCGACCAGGUGGCACCCCCUUACUGGAGGCCCAACGCAGAGAUACAGGCGUGCCAGGCAUGCAAGAAGCCGUUUGAGGAGCUGGAGCGUAAGCACCACUGCCGGGCGUGUGGCGAGGGCUUCUGCCAGGCCUGCUCCACGCGCUCCAUGCCCGUGCCCGAGAGGGGCUGGGGCAACGCCCCCGUGCGGGUCUGUGACGCCUGCUUCCGCCAUGGGGGGCCCGCCGCCACCGCCAACAACCAAGUGGCUCCACUGGAGAGCCGGACCCUGAUGGCUCGCAAGGUGACUGAGGUGGCCCAGUCUACACUCAACAUGGUGUCCACCGCCGUGGACUACCCCUUGUGCUUUGUGAAGGGUGUGGCGCGUCCCGACUACUGGAUCCCUGACCACGAGAUCGUGGACUGCAACCAGUGCAACAAGGCCUUCACGCCCAGCAUCCCCAAGCACCACUGCCGGGCGUGCGGCCAGGGCGUGUGCGGCCCGUGCUCUGCCCAGAGCCGGCCCGUGCCCUCGCGCGGCUGGGACCACCCGGUGCGCGUCUGCGACGGCUGCGCUGCCAAAAGGGACAGCCUGUAGAGCCGAGAGGGAGAAGCUGACAAGAGGAGAGCAGCGGAUGGUGGCGGCUCGGACACAUAGACAGGUGUUCGGACACAUGGUGCAUACAUUACGAGGCCUGGCACGUGUGUCUACAAAUGCUUUGACAAACGCGUGCUAUAAAAGGGACAGCCUGUUGGUAGAUUUAGGCAGGCGUGUAUUUGCAAACUUGGAUGUCCAUGCACACAUACACACACAGGAACGUAUAUAUCAUACACAGACACUAGCACACAAACAUAUACCAUAUGCACGCACACACCCAGAAACGUGUGCACACACACACACACCACACACACACACACACACACACACACACACACACACACACACAAUAAAAACACACAAUGUGUCCGAGCAGUCUAAGGCUGGCCGUUCCCCCAUGUUCACUCCUCUUGGUUGACGGUGACUCUAUAGCCAGUGUGGUGGGCGCAGUAAUCACACGCUUCCUCGUGAUGAAUAACGGCGUCUGAUGGCAUCAGGGAAGAACUUCACUAACAAUCUCCUCCGCCACGAGCCUUCUGAUUCAGGUGAUCUUCGCUGCCCUGUGUGGGUCACUCACUCACUCACUCACUGCCCCUCUUCUCGCUACACCAAGAGCAUGAAUAUAUCAGAGCAUUUUUUACUCAAACUUACACCUGCCUGCCUGUCGCAUUUUUAAAUACACAAUUAAAGGGGACAAGUGGAAAUGCGCUCGUCGGAGGGAUAAGCACUUUUUUUCAGAUAGGGAAAUUGAGCAAUCACCUUUUCUUUUAAAAAUGAUUUGUCCUUGUUGCUGCUUGAGCCGGACGUGUUUGAUUGACAGCCCAUAACUACACCAGGCGAGCUGUCAAGUAGGCAUGGAGGCAAAUAGCGUUUUCUGAAGGAGAUUUUUAUUCAUGAGCCACACCAACUCACCUUACCGUAUGAUGAGACGUACAGUAGUAGACAGACCUUACCUUACCCUCACUGUGCACUUUUUUUAUUUUUAUGUUUUAUUGCGGCCCCCAAUAGUGGGCUAUGGGAUUUUGCUGCCUACCACUUGAGCACUGGACAUCUACAUGCCACUAGCCACCCACACAUCACAUGAGGAAGAGUGUGAAAGUCAAAGUAGUUCCUUCCAUCCUUUCCUAUUGCUUGUGGCUUCUCGUCUCAUUGUCACCCUACCUGUGGGGAGAAAAUAAUGAAGUUUGCCUGCUGUCAACCAAGGCAGAGCAACUUUUGUUAUGAGAUAAUGACGUUUAAAUUGUGCUUUUGCAAGAUAUUGAAUAAGCUUAAUUCUUCAAUCAAUGUCUAUGUCAUUGAGUCUUGCAUCAUGAGGCCUCAAGCAACAGGUCAGGAUGGGAGGAACUUGUCUGACUUGCACCCUUGGAACUGGAAUCCUGCAGUCCACCCUGAUGGGCACUGGAAUUCUCCCAUCCUUCUAUAUAGGAACUGAAAUCUACAACAUGCCACCACUUUGGGAACCGGAAAACUCUGGACAAAUUGCAUUCCACUGACUAGCCUCUAGGUGACCUUGGAAUUCUGUUCCCGGGAUUCUACGUCAACACGGUCAACAAAGAAACUGGAAUUCUGCAGCACGGCGAGGCCCCUGGAAUUCUACAGGUCUACUUGGGACUUGGCUUCCUGACCCUUGAGGACUGGCCCGGACCCAGUGCCAGAAGAGCAGGGGUGGGGAACCUAUGUCUCGAGGGCCGUUGAGGCCAUUUUAUACGGCCCCCCGAUAUAAUUUCAAUGUUAUGCAGCUUCACAUGGAAUAUGGCAUGAAAGGAAUCUUAGACAAUACAAUUAAGUUAUAUUCAGGGGACCUAGAGAAGGUGGGUCUGUUUUAAAGGUGGCUACCUUCAGUAAAGGCCUAAAGCGCAGGGGAAAUCCUGGUUUGUCUUCAUAGCAUGGCCCUCGGAGGUCUUUUACAGCCCUUGGAGGAAUUUGAAUUGGCCCCUCGAAUGAAAAAGGUUCCCCACCCCUGCAGAAGAGGAUCCACUUCCCAUUAGGAGUACAGUAGACCACCCACCACUUAAACCUUCUCCUCUGCUGCAGCUCCUACUGUGUCCAGGGUGAAGAAUAACACUUAGAGACUGAUGAUGCCGUAUAGCUAACAUUCCAGUGGAGACGCACAGUGAUGAUGAAUAUAUAGUCAGUGUGUGUUUCCCACACCCAUAGGUCCUCAACUACCAGACAUAUCCAGUGAGACCCAGAGCCUAAUCGAACACGAGUCACGACUCUCUCUGCUCUCUCAUCGCUGCUUGAUGAUGAAGUUGUUUCUUCCACAUAUAGUUGUAUAGCACAGCAGCACAAAUGCACAUAUAGCGGUAAUAAUCACUAGGCAGAGGACUGUUUGCUGUCUGCUGUGGUGGAUGGCGUGCUUCUCUCUCUGCCAUCGAGCUAUGCAAUGCAAUUGAGUGAGUGCCUCCUGACUCCCUAACGCUGGUAUUGAGUUAAAGCUUAGAUUGCUGAGGGAGAGAGGCAGGUCCCCUGAAGCAUUUCAUAUGCUCCAUCUGUGUCCCUCCAUCUCACUAGGUCUCUCUUUCUUUCUGUCUGUCUGUCUCUCUCUUGCUUGUUCUCUCUCUCUUGCUCACUUGCUUUCGCUCUCUCUCUCUCUCUCUUUCAGUCUCUCGCUUUCUCUUUCUGUCUCACUCCCUCGUUUUGUCUCUCUCCUUCUCCCUCUUCAUUCUCUCUCUCUCUCUCUCUCUCUCUCUGAUAGACUCGUACACAUUGUCAUUAAACAUGUAGCAGUCACCAUAUUCCUCCCUUCAAAAUAUGCCCCUCGGAUACUGGAACGGGAACUGGAUAUGCAAAAAGCAGGACUGUACAGUAGUUAACCAAAGCUAUGAUUUUGCUUUGUUUUGUUUUUUAAUUGUACAUAUUAAUGGACUCUUCCUCAGACAAUCCAUUUUAUUCUUUUUUUCUUGAUAAUAAUUAUUAUUAAAAGACUAUCAAUAAACCUUUGAAUUCAUUUUAA